AUGUCACUCUCCAAACCCACUGGAGGUAGCUCAAAAACAACAGCAGCAACAAGUGAGACCAACGAUGAAAAGUCUCGGUUCAGCAUUUCCCUGCCGAAGACCUACAACUAUCUAACUAUCGUACAGGCAGGAAGCGCAGUGGUGUUCAGCACUUUUCUCGUAACACAUUUGAGCGUGAACAUACUUGCAAAUUUUGGUGGUAUUGAACUCGCCAACAAAACAUUGCUCCUCGGUAGGGUCUACUAUCAAAAUAAUUUACUGGAACCAAUUGUGGUGUUUGGUUCGUUCUGCCUUCAUGUUGCGUCGGGAGUUGCCAAACGUGGCAUUCGACUAUAUUGGAAAUAUCGAAAUCUUGAUAAACGCGAGUUGACCGGUGACGUCCACGAGAAAGUUGAAAGAAUCGUGACAGACGAGAAAAAUGAACAGGGACAGGUUGUUCGUCAAAAAAUUACCACGAAAACCACAAAAACCAUCACCGUUUCUUACAUAUCACGAGCAUCGGAAUUACUAUUACCGUUUCAUUCAUUGAUCGGGUAUUUGCUGAUUCCUGCUGUUGUCAGCCAUUCUGGCAUCCAUAGAUUUCUACCGAAACGUCAUUUCGGCGAUUCUUCUAUGAUUAAUAUCACGUAUGUGACUCUUGCGCUAAAACGAUGGCCAAAGAGCUCGUAUUUAGGAUUUGCAACGUUAGUGGGAUUGACAGUUUAUCAUGUUGCAAGUGGAGCUCCGGCCGUUUUAAGGAUUCUUAAAGGAGCAACGGCACGAAAGAAAACUAGUGAAAAACAACAUGCUACAUCUUCAGAGCGUUUAGAGAGUUCUCAAAAAUUACUGAAAUAUGUUCGUAAUGGUGCCAUCGCGGCUACUGUUGGUUUGGUGGGUGGCGGUCUUUUAGUUAUAGGGGGAAAAAUUGGUCGGGAAAAUAUCCGAAUUCCUCUACGCAACGAAUAUUUGAAAGUAUAUGGACGCGUAUAUCCUCAUAGUUGGGUGCGAUAUUGA